AAGGCGGAAGCCACGUCAGCCCUCAGCUUGCAUGGCUCUCUACAACAACGGAGCGAGGAUGCCUUCACCCCAGGAGGUGUCCAACGGCUUUCCCCAACCCAGUGCCUCAGGCACCUGGCACAAGCCGGAAGAUGAAGUACGGCUGGUGGAGGCUGGAUUGGUGAAGAAAGCCCACCGGGAGAUCCUGGACCACGAGAGGAAACGUCGGGUAGAGCUGAAAUGCAUGGAAUUGCAGGAGAUGAUGGAGGAGCAAGGGUAUUCCGAAGAGGAGAUCCGGCAGAAAGUUGGGACGUUCCGCCAAAUGUUGAUGGAGAAAGAAGGGGUACUCACUCGCGAAGACCAGCAUGGACGGCAUAUAGUGAUAGAAAACCACCAUAUGGUGGAUGGAGAAGAGUAUACAGUGCAAUACGCAGAGUACCGGGAGGGCUGCCCCCUGCAGUGUGACUGUGGAACUGACUGCUACCAAGAUGACAGCAGUCACCGAGAAUACAGGCUGAAGAGGCGGUCCAGCAGCUCCACCUCUCCCCCGCCCAAGAAGAAGAAGAAAAAGAAAUCGGGUCACCGCCGGAGCCGCAAAAAAAGGAAACCUGGAUCAGACCGCAGUGGGGAUAGCUCUUCCCCCAUCCGGAAGGAGAAGAAGAAGAAGGCUGGGAAAAAGCAUCGAAGAGACAGGUCUGCAUCCGGAUCACGGAAGAAGAGGAGGCACAGGUCCAGAAGCCCCAAGAAUAAAAGGAAAGAAAAAAACAAAGACAGAAAAAGGUCCCACAGUGAGUCGUCCACCCGGCGAUCCCACAGACACAGCAGCUGCAGUUCCCGGAGUGCCUCCCUCUCCUCGGGUUACAGCGACGGCAAAUCGACAAGCAGACUGAGUCCCAAGUACCGUGAGGAUGGUCAGAAGGCCGCUAGCCCCCGAUCCAGCCAGAGCCCGUCUUCCUCGGGUACCGGCCACAGCCGAUUGGCCACGCCACACCAGAACGGGCACAAAGGCGGUGCCCAGAAUGGCCGCCAUAGCCAUGGUGCCCUUUCGGAGAAAAAGCAGGAGCAGAGGUUGGAGUCCGCGUCGCCUUCCGCCAGGGCACAUGUCAAGACCGACGGCGCGUCGCCACACUCCAAAGACGGCAGAGGGGAGAAACACGGCCUCAAGCCCUCGCGGCGUUCCACGUCUCCGGGACGAUGCUUGGGAGAGAAGCACUUCCCAAAGCGCCACGCCAGAUCCACGUCGAUGCAUAAGCACAAGGGGAGGACCAGGAACAAAGGCACGUCCUCCAAGGACUCCCCGCGCUCUGUCAGCCAUACGGGCUACAGCAGUGACUCUGAAGGCUCCUUCUCCUCACAUCCUCACCACGCAGCAGCGGGGGCGGAGAAGAGACAUGGGGCGUACCUGAAAACUUCAAAGGAAAGGCACCAUCGGGGAAGACCUCACAGCAGUUCUCCAGCUCCGACCAAACACUCCAGGCACAACUCGGACCGAAGGAAGAGCCUGUCACGCAGCAGCUCCUGGAGCUCCAGCCGGUCCCCGUCAAAAUCACGGUCUCGAUCCCGGGAGAAGAGAUCCGCACGCAGCAGGACUCGCUCUGGGUCCCAGAAAAAAGCCACGGGCAGCAGAGAGAAAGACAACGAGCCGCGAACCCGGCACAGUGAUACGGAACCGACCCGGGCCCGCCGUCGCUCCCGGAGUUAUUCCCCCAUCCGAAAAAGAAGGCGCGACUCUCCCAGCUUUAUGGAGCCCAGAAGAAUCACCAGCGCCCGCAAGCGCCCGAUCCCUUACUACCGCCCCAGCCCGUCCUCUUCCAGCUCGCUUACCAGCUCCUCGUACAGCCGCAGCCGCAGCCGCAGUUACGAGAGCUACAGCAGCAGCCGCAGCCAGACACAUAGCCACAGCCGCAGCCCAAGUUACAACAGCCGGAGCAGUUCCGAGAGCACCGGGUUUUGA